CCGAUGUGCGUCACUUUGCGCAACCGGAGCGAUGCGGUCCCCCGGGGCCGACCCUCGUCACCUCCGGCCCCCCAUACAGACUUUCUCCCUUAAGCCUAGCGAGCUCAGAAAUGACCAGGCUGAUCCCUCCCACCUGCCCGCUCCCCCUGGCCCGGCCCUGACGUCAGGGGAAGGCGUGCGGAUGCGUGUGUGUUCGAGGCGCACAUCACCCGCACAUCAGAUACCGCAGAUCCGUCAGCCGGCAGGCAGCCAGCCGGAAAGCCCCCCGGAGCCGGGCUGCAGGCGAGACCGCUGCUCCUCGCAAGGUAGCGGAGGAGCGUCCGGCCCCUCCGAGCACCGAUGCUCUGCAGAGCGCAGCUCCAGGGAGCCCGGCGCUGCUAAGGAGGUCACCAGCAGUAGGCCCACAUACUUGGGCAUCCUUUCUCCUGCUGCCCACCCGCCCGAUCCCAAAACGGAGGAGCCCACAGACCCCACCAUGUCAUCGGACCCCAGCGCCCCGCCGGCAGUGCCACCCCUACACUCCCCCAAGUCACCAGUGUGGCCCACCUUCCCCUUCCAGCGGGAGGGCAGCCGCAUCUGGGAGCGGGGCAACCUCCUUCUCCGGGACCUGCCCAGCCCCCUCCCCACCAAGAGGACCAGGACCUACUCAGCGACAGCGCGUGCCUCCGCUGGCCCCAUCUUCAAGGGCGUCUGCAAGCAGUUCUCUCGCUCCCAGGGCCACGGGUUUAUCACCCCAGAGAACGGCACUGAGGACAUUUUUGUGCAUGUGUCUGACAUCGAGGGAGAGUACGUCCCAGUGGAGGGGGACGAGGUGACGUACAAGGUCUGCCCCAUCCCUCCCAAGAACCAGAAGUUCCAGGCAGUGGAGGUGGUCCUCACCAACCUGGCGCCUCACACGAAGCACGAGACAUGGUCUGGCCAGAUCAUCGGCUCCUAGGCGCCCUGGGGGGCCGCCAGCCACUCAGCCCCAUGGAGCAAGCCUGCCCAGCCGCUCAAGGGGCGUGUGGGGAGCCGAGGCGGCAGCGGGGCCGGGGUUGCCCCCAAACAUGCAGGCGUUUGAGUUCAGUGUCUUUUAUAAGGUUACGGUUUCCUUUCUCUGUGUGUGUUUGUAAGUGUCUGUCGAGGGGGACAGGGGAAGUAGAGCCCUCCCUGACUGUCCCCCAGCUCUGGGGGCAGCACCGAGCCCCAUGUUCCAUUCCUUGCUCCUGAGCCCAUGGGGAACAGAGGAACCAGUCCUACGCCCCAGCCCUCCAGCUCUACUGGGCUGAAGCAGGUGUUGAGAGCAGGAGGGGGUGGGGAGAGGCUGGGUGGCUCAGCUCAUCCUCCUGAACUCCACUCUGGCAAGAUGGGCACCCCACUCGGUCCACAGUGGCACAGCAGCAGCGGGACAUGCUCCCACAAAGGAGGAACAAAACAGGGUGGUGUGGGGUGGCAUAUCACUGUGCGGGGUCUGGGUGGCUGACACCCAUCCCCAUCGCUGGCAGCUCACAGCGCCCACCUGAGCCACAUCCCUCCAUCACAAGAUCUCAGGUCAGCGGUGCCACAGGGAGUGGGCUGGUUUAUAGAAAUCAAAAAUUUAGUUUUAAGAGGCAGCCAGCUGCUGGCAGGGCACCCGGGGCGCUCGGUGCUGUGUUUGGGGAGCUGCACCUGGGCACGGGGCAGGGGGCACUUGGCACCUCUGUGCUCCCCACUGCUGCCGGGCAGUAAUGCACUUUUCUUGGCUCAGUGCUGACAUGGUUUUGGGGAGACAGACACUUUCCCUUCCUUCUCUUGCCCCCCAGCCCCCUGGGGCCCCCCUUCCCAUGCGUGUGUGUGUGUGUGUGCAUGUCUGUAGCUUGCUGGGGUGGUGAGGGGCUGAGGGGUCUGAGCAGCCUCAGCCAUGGGGCAAGUGCAGCCACCUCCUCCCCAGCCCCUCGGUGUAGGCAGGGUCUUGUAUACAAAGCACAAACUUUGUUUUUGGUCUUUUCUGCCACACCCUGGCCAGGUGGGCUCCCACAGCCCCAGGGAGCGACAGGACAGAGGGCACUGGGGCAGGGACAAAAUGCACAGGGCUGGUCCUGAGCUCACCCCAGGGAAAUGGUGCUGAUGCUCCAAGAAUUACCAGCAUCUUAAGGGGUUCAAAGCAGGGUUGGAGACAAUGGGGUGCCAGCAGGUCCCCCCGAGCAGGGCAGCUCCCCAGAGCACCGUGCCAGCAGGAGCCGAUGCUCAGCAUGGAUGGAGUCGGGUGUUUGCCACAUUUUUUGCUGCCGCUGUUGCCGGCAGGGCUAAGUGGGGAGAGCAGCAGAGCAAGGCUGGUGCCACACAGGACGGCUGGGCCCUGCAGAUUCGGGAGAACUACCCAUGCUGGUGUGGGGAUUGCCCUGGGACCCUCCAGCCCAUCUCACUGCCAACCCGAAGCCUGGCUCUCCCAGGGGCUGUGGCAACUGUGGCUCAGGCUCCAGGCAUCGCCAGGACAUGCAGUCAGCUUGGCCAAGGCAAACUGUUGGAUUUUAUUUUAUUUUUUUUAAAAAUAAACUAAAACCCUAGACUUGUUGGUGUUUUUACAACUCUGGUGUGGUUCCCGCCUGUCUGACCAUGUGUCAACCUUUGUAACAUUGGCAAUAAACCAUUAAAAGUGACUUUCCCAUGA